AUGAUCGGAGUUGUUAUUCUCCUCUGUGUCGGAAUCGCCUUGUACUAUUUCCGUCGGAAGAAGGCGGCGGCUGCCGAGAAAGAUAUCAUGUCAGUGGAAGCAAAUGUUCCAAAUCCCAAAGUUAACGAUGAGAAGAAGAAAAAGAAAGAAGAAGUGGCUGAAAGUACAGUGAAUAUCAAGACAAAUGAGAAGAAAACGAGUACGGAUAAUGAUAAUAAGAAGAUAAAGAAUAAAAAGGAGAAUGUGGCUGAAAGUACUGCGAAUAUCAAAACUAACGAAAAGAAGAAGGACGGUGCGGAUGAGAAGAAGAAGAAGAAGAAAAAGAAGGAGACAGUGGCUGAGAGUACAGCAGCUGCAUAUUGA